GAGCACCAUGAAGGCUGUCUACUUCCUCCUUUGCCUCGCUCUGGCCCGCGAUUCUGCGGCUAACAUUGUUAGACACCAGCUCCUACCUCAGAUGGACUCAUUCUUCGUCCAUCCCCUCGAAUCAAUCGACCAAUAUAAUCAGAGAUAUCAGGAGACCAAGCAAAAUCGUUAUUCAGAAUCUACCUCAUUUGAAAGCAAGGAGAGCCAAGAGCGUCCCAGCUUCAACGACAUCAGCGACUUUACUUCCUUAUUCCGAUCUGGAAAUAGAAAUUGGAACUCGCCAGUUUUCUCUUCAGUCAUAACACAGGGUGAUCAAAUCCCAUAUGGCGACACGAUCGAAUGGCAGGGUGUUCAAAUUGCAGCUGGACCUAAAUCCCCAGUCAAGAGCAAGAAAGACAUCGAAAAGCUUUUUAAAGAUGCCUUUAAGAGUAUGCAGCACGUAAGCGAGGAGGAGAAGAGGAUGAUACACAAGACUUUUGAAGAAAUUGAUCAAACUAAACAAGAAGAAGUACACUACAACGCAACUCAACUACUCAAGCAGCACGGUUACGGAGUUGAGGAACAUAUAGUGAAAACUGAUGACGGCUACUUUCUCACCCUGUUCCGCAUUCAGCCUAAGGAUAGUGACAGCCAAGACGAGAAGAAACGCCCCGUCGUAUUACUCAUGCCCGGAAUCCUUGGAAGCGCAGACGACUGGUUACUGAUGGGCCCUAAAAAGUCCCUUGCGUUUAUACUAUCCGAUGCGGGAUUCGAUGUAUGGCUUGGCAACACCCGUGGUAACAAGUACGCCCGCCGCCAUGCCAGCAAGCAUGAAUCUCACCCCGAUUUCUGGCAGUUCAGCUUGGAUGAAAUCGCUCUGCACGACUUACCCGCCAUGAUGGACUACGCUCUUCAUACCUCAGAACAAGAGAAGCUGUUUUACGUCGGUCACUCCCAAGGAAAUACUGUGUUCUUCGCUUUAGCGGCCACAACUCCUGAAUACAGAGAAAAGGUCGCUAUGAUGUUCGCUCUAUCUCCAAUGGUCUACAUGACAAAAGUACGUAGUCCAUUCAUUAAAAUGAUUGCACCUAACAGCCAAUUCUUUGAGCGUCUUCACGAACAACUCGGACACAGCGAAUUCAAACCAAGCAAGGAGCUCGUACACACAGUCGGUGGAAACAUGUGCGAAAAGGAAAUUGGUUGCAAGCAUGUCUGUUCAAACAUAAACUUCGUUAUGUCUGGCGUCGACACAGCUGACAUGGACUUUGAGUUAUUACCCAGCAUUGUCGCUCACUUACCGGCUGGCACAUCGACAAGAGUUAUUAAGCAGUUUGGACAGGCUGUGGCGUCACACGAGUUCAGGAAGUACGACUAUGGAGUCAAGAUUAACAAAAAAAUAUACGGUAUGCGCCAGCCAACGAAAUACGACAUGACUGAGGUAAAAGUUCCAGUAGCGCUUUACUUCAGUGAGGAAGAUUGGUUGGCACACCCAGAGGAUGUUGAAAGGCUACAAAAAGAGCUCCCUGACGUGAAAGACUUUUACAAGGUACCCGAGAAGCAUUUCAACCACAUGGACUUCCAGUUCUCCAAGAAGGCUCCCGAAGUAGUCUACAAGCGACUAAUCGAAUCUAUGCAGACUAACUAAUCUUACUAUAUCAUGAUUAUUUAAUUCGUAGAGUAAUUAAUGUUAUUGUAGAUUUCUUUUUGUAAGCAUUAUUUUAUACUUCAUGGUUGCAUCAUCUAUCCGUCCAUAAAAUAAAAACAUUUCAAUUAAA